AUGGAAUCAAUUGGUAUUCAUUGUAAUAGUUGUUGGAAAGAAAUAAUUGAAAAUGAUAGAUGUAUAAUUACAUCUUGUUCUCAUAUUUUUUGUGAUUUAUGUGCUUCAAAUAAAUUAUGUACAGAUGAUAGAUUAUGUCCAAUUUGUGAUAAUAGUUUGGUUUCAAAAGAUUCAUUAUUUGGUACAACAAUUGAUUCUUCAAUUGAAAAGAAUAUUUUAUUAUUUGGAUUAUCUCCUAAAAAAAUUUUAUUAAUGGCAGAAAAAGCAAUAGAAUUUUUUAAUUAUCAAACUAGUGUUUAUCUUCAAAGUUAUAUUUAUCAAGCACAACAAUCUAUGAAUCAAUUCGAACAAUUAAAAAAAUCAAAUGAAGAAUUAAUUUUUAAAAUUGAAUCAUUAGAAAAACAAUUAAAAUUACAAAAAGAUGAUGGUGAAAAUGAUAAAAGGGAAAUUGUGGAAUUAACAGAAAAACUUGCUGAAAAAACAAGACAAAAAAGAAAAUUAGAAGAACUUUAUUUAUCUUUAAAAGAAAAUAUGAAUAAUUUAAAUAAUAAUAUUAAAAAUAAUGAUAAUAACAAUAAUAAUUUAAAUAAUAAUAAUAAUAAUAAUAAUUUAAAUAAUAGUAUAAUUGAAAAUAGUAACAUUAGUAUUAAUAAUUUAAUCACUAAUAAAAACAAUAUCAAUAACCAAAACAAUAAUACCAAUAAUAAUAAUAAUAUUAAUAAUAAUAAUAAUAAUAAUAUAAUUAUACCACCAACAUAUGGAUUUAAAUUAAAUCAAAGUGGAUAUUUAUCAAGAAAUUCUCCUACUCAAAAUAGACAAAUAAAUGGAAUAAAAAAUAUUAAAUCAAAUUAUCGAUCUCCAUCAUUUUGUUCGUCACCAAUUACAGUAAAACAUUCUGGAGUACAACAACAGCAACAACCUCAACAACCACUUCAACAACAGAAACCACAAAAAAUUAUUCAACAAAAUGAAAUAAUGGCACCUCCAAAAAAUCUUUCAACAAGUUUCUUGUCAACACCCAAAAAACCAAUUUCCAAUGACAUAAUUGAUUAA